AUGCUCCAGAUCUCCGAAAGGUCAGUUUGCGAUAAGGGUGACAUCGCACGCAACUUGACGACCGAAAUCUACCCGUUCACACGUUGGGUUCAGUUCAUUCAUCGCACAGCCCACGAUUUCUUGGUUGAUACUCAAGCGGGAAAGGACAUCCUCAACUACUAUAGUGGGAAGAGGACAAUGAUCGAUUUCAAGAUCAAACUAUUCAAGUCUGAUCUUUAUCUCUCUGCCAUUUAUCACACGAUUGGGGUAAUGGCAUCUGCGGAAUUUGCGAUCUCGCAUUGUGUUAAACUUCAACAUGAAGGCAUUGAAGAUGAAGUCAUGUCGCAAUUGCUUCAAGCCAUCCAAAAACUUUGGAAUCAAGGCGUUUUUAUUCAAGUGAUCGAUCGUAGCGUGCCCUCAUAUCACUUGCUCCCAGCUCGCCUUGCAUGUGAGCUUACGAAUAUGGAAGAAUUCUUACUUCCUUGGAUACUGAAAUCACAUUCAUCUCAGGAUCCUACUAUUGCACUUCGCCAUGUUUGCCUUGAGUGGAAUGUUGAGAGGAUGACAGGUCCUCCAACACACAUGAUCAAACAACUCAUUUCUCUGGGCGCGGACCCACAUGCGGUUGGCGUGACAUUGCCGCAGCUAGCGAAAUUUACUUGGUGGAAUGCGCGUUUUACUCAAGAAACAUCUGCAUUUGAGUUGCUCUUGAGGGGCACCCUGAAUAGGCUCAACCGUGGUGACCGUGACGUUAUGCCCGAGAUUCUCCAAGUCAUAGACAGUAUGACACCGUCAUGUCCGGACUACUGGCGUCGAAGAAUCAUAGUACAUAUCUUCCAGGAACCUUUCGGCGACUACGCAUAUAAUGAGCUACAGAACUGGGAAUAUCUAUCGAUGGGCGUUGACUGGUCAACGUUCGAGGUGAAUAUGCAGUAUCUACUCAAGAGGCUACUAGCUUGUGUAGAAUCCUGCGAAAUACCUACCAAGGAUUAUAAAGUUCACGAGGUUGCAAACUCUGCCGUCAAACCCUACAUACGAAUCCGGAAUUUUAGGCCGUGGCGGCUCGAGGAUGGUGGGAAACCAUCUUGCUAUCGUGUCAUCAAUCAAGAAUCCUGGAAUAGUCUGUGUGAUAACAGGUUCGGAACAAUAGACUACGCAGACUUCAAUCUUCAAGGGGUGUUGCGUAGUUGGUUUCCAGGCCCCGAGCAUGACUUCCUGUUGGGAAGCUACGAGCGAGUGUCAAUCGACGACGAAGUAGACGAAAUAGCUUCUGAAGGCCUUGGGUUCUAUAGAAUUCUCAGUCAGAAUGUCGACAACCGGUUUGGAUAG